AUGGCACUAUUCAACCCCGACAAAAACCCAAUUUUGAACCGAUUACUACGAUGGACUAUCUAUGACCACUUCUGCGCUGGCGAGAACCUGCAAGAAGUCACAAAGACCGUCUCUGAUGUCAAGCGAAUGGGAUAUCAGGGUGUCAUUCUCAACUACGCAAAGGAAAUCGUUUUGGACACAAAGGAAGUCAACGCCGACGCACAUGCUGGUGACUAUGCGGCACCAUUUUACGAGAUGGUUGAGUUGUGGAAGAAGGGCAACAUCGAAACGCUUCGUAUGCUGGCUCCCGGUGACUUUCUAGCCGUUAAAAUAACUGGUGCUGGUCCUAUUGCUGUGGACGCGAUGAGAGCCCACGCCCCUAUUCCGGAAAUUAUUCGCAAGGCUUUGGACGAAAUGUGCGAUGAGGCCAAGAAGCAAGGUUCUCGUCUCUGGAUCGACGCUGAACAACAAGCUCUGCAGCCCCAGUUGGAUGAGUGGACUAUCGACCUGAUGAGACAUCACAAUCGCGAGAGCAGACCUUUGGUUUACAACACUAUUCAAUCAUACCUCAAGGCCUCCAAGGCCAACGCCGAACGUCACGUCGCGCUCGCUGCCCAAGAGGGCUGGAGCUUGGGAGUCAAGUUGGUCCGAGGAGCCUACAUCGAAAAUGAAGUCCGCUCUCUGAUUCACGACACAAAAGAAGACACCGACCGCAACUUCGAUGAUAUCACAGACAUGCUCAUCAGUCAAAGACUUCCCGAGCAGGCCAAGAACUGCCAGUUUCCCUCCAGCGCCCUCUUCCUUGCAACCCAUAACGCUGUCAGCUCCGCCACAGCGAUCACCAACCACCGUCGGAGGCUACUGGACGGCCAGGCUACGACCGAGCUCGAGUGCGGUCAGCUUCUCGGUAUGGCGGACGAGUUGAGUUGCGAAUUACUAGAUAACUAUGAUUCGUGCUUAACGGACUCGGGGCUGAAGAGGGAUGCGAUUCCCAAGCCGUUCAAGUAUCUGCCGUGGGGUUCUGUUUCGGAGUGCAUGGGGUACCUCCACCGUCGGGCGGUGGAGAAUAAGGGGGCUAUCGAGCAGAGUUCACAUAUGCUUGGAUCUUUGAAGAGCGAGCUUCGCCGUCGGGUGUUUGGAUGA